AAAGAAUACUUAUCCUUUGCCGUUAAUGUCUUCAGCUUUCGAGAGGUUGCAAGGAGCAUCCGUUUUCACAAAAUUGGAUUUACGCAAUGCUUAUAAUUUGGUUUGCAUAAGGGAGGGGGACGAAUGGAAAACUGCUUUUAACACCCCUCGUGGCCAUUUUGAGUACUUCGUGAUGCCUUUCGGUCUAUCUAACUCGCCGGCAGUUUUCCAAGCACUCGUUAAUGACGUGUUGCGAGACAUGGUAGAUCAGUUUCUGUAUGUUUACCUGGAUGACAUACUGAUUUUUUCUUCGUCUCUCCAGGAACAUGUGCAACACGUACGACGAGUGCUUCUUAGGUUGCUAGAGAAUGGGCUUUUUGUCAAGGCGGAGAAAUGCGAAUUUCAGCAGUCUGUUUCUUUCCUAGGGCACAUCAUUUCGACGGAGGGUGUCCGUAUGGAUCCGGAGAAGGUUAAGGCUGUGGUUGAUUGGCCAUCCCCAGAGUCUCGCAAGGCCCUGCAGAGAUUUCUGGGGUUCGCCAAUUUUUACCGGCGUUUCAUUCGCAAUUUCAGCCAACUAGCCGCACCUCUGACUGCCUUGACCUCCGCUAGUACUGCGUUCAGGUGGUCAGAGGCAGCCCAGACUGCCUUUACCAAACUGAAAGGCUGCUUUGUUUCAGCCCCAAUUCUUGUGGCCCCUGAUCGUAAGCGUCAGUUCCUAGUGGAGGUCGAUGCGUCAGAUGUGGGGGUAGGAGCCGUGUUAUCUCAACGCACAUCCUCAGACGGAAAGGUGCAUCCCUGCGCAUUUUAUUCCCAUCGUUUAUCGCCUGCCGAACGUAAUUACGACAUUGGUAAUCGGGAAUUGUUGGCUGUUAAACUAGCACUGGAAGAAUGGCGGCAUUGGCUUGAGGGGUCGGGUGUGCCUUUCAUAGUUUACACUGAUCACAAGAAUCUCGAAUACAUCAAAUCUGCUAAACGUUUGAACUAUAGGCAGGCUCGGUGGGCUUUAUUUUUCGGUCGUUUCGAUUUCACUUUGUCCUACCGUCCAGGUUCUAAAAACACCAAACCUGAUGCUUUGUCCCGCAUUUUUGAGCGUUCCGAUCGUGCCUCCUCUCCCGAGCCCAUUUUACCGGAGACUAUAUUCAUCUCCGCGCUCUCAUGGGAGAUCGAAUCGAAGGUGACCAAAACCUUAGAAGGGGUAACGCCCCCGGCCCGUUGCCCACCGAACCGGUUAUUUGUGCCAGAGGGACUGAGAUCAGAGGUCAAGGAGCCCGGGAACGUCAGCUUUCCCUCCACCCUGACCAGUCUCCCAGUCCCUGCUGCUGAAAACAUUCCCACACCACCAUGCUUCACUGUUGGGAGGAUAUUUGGCAGGUUCACUCCUUAUUCCAGUCGUGACAGAACAUACGAGCCAAACUUGAACCCAGCGGACAUGUACAGCCGUUUGGCGAUAAGGGGCAGGGGUUCCCGCCCAGCAUACAAGUCGGGUUAUGAAUUUUAUGACCCGCUCGUAUUUGGACCUGAGGUUAAUGCCAGGCGGAAACCAGCCGGGACUGCCGGACCCCGUUCACCCUCAUCUAAGCCCAAGGGUCUUCGCUCGGGGGCAGUCAAGCUGGGGAAGCCGGUUCUCGUCUCUCCGGCUCCGGAGACCUCCUUCUCGCCGGCCUCACCCACUCCUGGGUCUCAUCUCAAUCCUGCAUCCUCCGUAGCUAAACGGAGGAGGAGAAGGACGAAGGAUGCUUCGGAGCAGUGGCUGCUACUCACGCAGCUUCGGCCGCUGGCGCGUCAGCCGUCCGCACAACCGGAGCCACGUCAGCCGUCCGCGCAGCCAGAGCCACGUCAGCCACCCGCGCAGCUAGAGCCACGUCAGCCGCCUGCGCGGCCUGAACCACAUCACUCCUCAGCGCGGCCUGAACCUCGUCACUCCUCAGCGCAGCCUGAACCUCGUCACUCCUCAGCGCAGCUGGAGCCACGUCAGCCGCCUGCGCAGCUAGAGCCACGUCAGCUGCCUGCGCGGCCUGAACCACGUCACUCCUCAGCGCAGCCGGAGCCACGUCAGUCGUCUGCGCAGCCUGAACCACGUGAAGAAGUUGGAGGAAGAGGAGGUGGAGUUGAAGAAGCGAGAGGGUUAGAGGAAGUUAGAGGAAGAGGACAAGGAGGAGCAAGAAGAGGACGAGGAGGCAGAGGGAGAGGACGUGAAGGUGAAGAAGUUGGAGGAAGAGGAGGUGGAGUUGAAGAAGCGAGAGGGUUAGAGGAAGUUAGAGGAAGAGGACAAGGAGGAGCAAGAAGAGGACGAGGAGGCAGAGGGAGAGGACGUGAAGGUGAAGAAGUUGGAGGGAGAGGACGUGAAGGUGAAGAAGUUGGAGGAAGAGGACGUGGAGUUGAAGAACCGAUAGGGUUGGAGGAAAUUAGAGGAAGAGGACAAGGAGGAGCAAGAAGAGGACGAGGAGGGGAAAGAGGAAGGGUAAGAAGAGUAAGACAUAGAAUAACUGAUGACAUCAGAGCUACAAUAGUGGACCAUGUCAUCAACCAUGGGAUGACCCUGAGGGAAGCUGGCCAACGGGUUCAGCCUAAUUUGAGCCGCUACACUGUGGCAAGCAUCAUUAGGACAUUUCGAAAUGAGAAUCGAAUUGCUAGACGUCCAGAUGUUGGGGGCAGAGGAAGAAUGUUCACUCCAGAGCAAGAGACCCAUAUAGUGAACAUGGUGAUUGCCAAUAAUGCAAUAAGACUGCGCGAAAUACAGCAGCGCAUAAUUGAUAAUGACACCAUCUUUCAAAAUAUACACAAUGUAAGCAUUUCUGCACUAAGUCGUGUACUUGCGCGCCACAGAAUUAGAAUGAAGCAAAUUUACAGAGUUCCUUUCGAGAGAAACACAGAACGUGUAAAGCAACUGCGAUAUGACUAUGUGCAGAGAGUGAUGGAACUAGAAGCAGAUGCCAUGGGACAUGAGCUACUUUUUGUAGAUGAGGCCGGUUUUAACCUCAGUAAAACCAGGAGACGUGGCAGGAACAUUAUUGGACACCGUGCCAUCAUCAAUGUCCCAGGACAACGUGGUGGUAACAUAACCAUGUGUGCAGCUAUAAGCCAAAAUGGUGUUGUUCACCAUCAUGCAACCAUAGGCCCAUACAACACUGCACACAUUAUUGCAUUCCUGGACACACUACAUGACAUGCUCACUGUUCAGAGACCAGAGCAUACCCGAUAUGUCAUCAUAUGGGACAAUGUCAGUUUCCAUAGGGCUGCUCUGGUCCGUAACUGGUUUACAGACCACCCAUUUUUCAUGGCACUCAACCUCCCUCCAUACUCUCCAUUCUUAAAUCCCAUCGAGGAGUUCUUCUCUGCCUGGCGCUGGAAAGUGUACGACCGUCAUCCUCAUCAACAGGUAGCCCUUUUACAGGCAAUGGAGGAGGCAUGUGGAGAUAUUGACCAGGCAUCAUGUCAGGCCUGGAUACGGCAUUCAAGGAGAUAUUAUCCCCGGUGCCUUGGACUGGAGGAUAUCGCAUGUGAUGUGGACGAAAUUUUGUGGCCGGACCCAGAAAGACGACAUGAUGUAGGCUGAUUGUCUUUUUUUUGUGAAAUUACUAUUUUGUGUUCUGACUUUAUCUUGGUUUUGAUGAGUGUGAAUAAACACCAAUACUUGAACUUUGGAUCCUUGUAUGUUUACAUGACACUAUGACAAAAAUAUGACCUCAAAUUGACAUCUGUACACAGAGAAAGCAAAAGCCACAUGUGUUUUGUAUUCAUACCAUCAGUGUGUAGUUGGCACAUUGUGUGCUUAGUAGAUGAUGGCUUGUGUUUACUGUUUGAUACGAAAACACAAUUUUUACGAAGGUGUGCAAAGUUAAUCUAGCUGUGUUCGCUUUUGCAAGAGAACUACAAUGUUUUGAUAAUUGGGUGAAAGGUUUUCUUAUUUGUGUGUAGAGUU